GGCCGGGCGGUCAUGGCGGAGCGAUGGCGGGACGUGUGCGGGGUGCGCAUCGCCCCGGCCGAGCUGCGCUUCAGCGAUGCGGUGCCGGGGAGCUGCUACCGCACCGCGCUCACCGUGCAGAACCUGCGGGCGGGCGCCUGCCGCCUGCGGCUGCUGCCGCCGCGCGAGCCCCAGUUUAAAUUGAUUGUGGAAAAUCCAGAAAAACCCAUUGCAUCUGGACUUCAGUUUAAAGCUGUUGUGGAAUAUACUCCCAAGUCUACAGAAGAUCUUCGGGAUAAACUAACUCUUUUAGUAGAUGAUGACAUAGUUCAUAUCCCCCUGCUUGUUCUCUGCAGAUUAAUUCCAUCCUGUGAUCUGGAAGUAGAGUCAGAGGUUAAUUUUGGUGAAAUGCUUGCAAACAAUAAACUAGUUACUAAAGAGUUUAGUAUUUCUAACCAUGGAACAGCUUCAGGUAUAUUUAGAAUAUCAUAUGAUGGGGUUGUCCUGCUUAACAUAAAACCUGUCAGAGGAGUAGUAAAGCCAAAAUCUGUAAGGAAAAUUGGAGUGGAUAUCUGCACAGAUGUACCUGGAGUCAUCAAUGAAGUGAUGAAAGUGGAGCUGGAAAAUCAUGGCUGCGCCGAAGUACGGAUCAAAGGUGUUGUGGUUGAACAAGUUCUUAAAGUUCUUGGAGUGUCUUGUGGAAAAGUACUGAAAUGUGUUAACUUUGGACCUCUUUACUUUGGAACUUCAAAGACAGAACAGAUACAUUUAUAUAAUGAAAGCCCUGAGUCUAUGGAUUGGGUAGCAGUACUGGAAGAAAAUGCCAUUGGAGGAGAGAUGGGGACAGAUCUUCAGGGGAGUACAGAUGCUGUUUUACAUGACUUAAGCCUGAAAAAUAAAGAUGUAGAUGUUUGCAGCUUGGUGUUGUGCGUUCCCGAUCAAGGAACUUUGCUGCCUUAUGAGAAAACUUUGAUUACACUGUGCUUUAGUCCAGAAAAAUUUGAAAGGGACUUUGAAGUGAAUAACACAUCACUGAUUCAAGAUUAUGUCCUGUUUCUGAGUUUUGAAACUGUUGGGAAGAGAGGUGACUGUCUGCAGAACCUCAGUGGUGAUGCCACUGCAACCAAAAGAAAUAAUUCUCGUCAGGUGGACUUAGCGUUGAUGGGUUCUGGGUUUCCUGUGUUAUUAACUUUUAAGCCAGGAACAGUAAUUAAUUUUAAGGACUGUUUUUUGGGUGAAAAAGUACAAGUUGUGUGCACAAUGAAAAAUGAAUCCAAGUUCCUUCCAGUAAUGUUCCGCUUCCGCAAGACUGCUCACUUCAGUGUUUCCCCUGGAAGAGGAAAACUUAAAAAAAAAUCUGAAAAAGAAGUGAUGAUUUCAUUUUCUCCACAUCAAAUAGGAACAUUUGAGAUGAAGCAAAUUAUUGAUAUCAUUGGUACAGGAGUAGAUAAAAGUAAUGUAGAUGUUUUGAAGACAUGCACAAAAUCCUUUCAUCAAAUAUGUUUGACCUUACGUGGUGUGUGCAAAUCCAAACGAAAAAGCAUUGUAUUUACAGUUAAUCCUGGUCUAACACCCUUGAUUUCCAAUGCAACUGGACAGUUUGUAGUUCGUGGCACAGGACAGCUCAGUGAUACAGCACCUGUGGCAAUCCUUAAAUCAACCCAAACACAAAUUCAUACUCACCAGAAAAACAGGAAUUGUAAGGAUAAUGCACUUACAGCUUUUCCUAAUGAUCGUGCAGCCAGCCUUAGGCCUAGUGAAUGGAACAAAAAGUACAGGACUAUUUUCACAAAGACUGAGAGAUAUAAUUAUGUAGACCCAGAAUUUGCUUAUACUGACUCUGAACGACUGUUAAGAGAAGAAAAUAAGAAACACUAUGUAGACUUCAUUUCCCGUUUAAGACAGCGUCGUUUAGAGAAAGAGGCUCUUAGGCAAUUUUAUAUUCGUAACAAUCCUGUGAGCAUAGGCAUUAAACCAGCUGAAGGUCUUCAGUCACCCAACAUCUCAAUCUCAGAUUUUCUCAAGAAGCCACAGCCCAAAGUGGUUCCUUUAGAUGACAAUUGCAUGUUAAGUAGUCGAAAAUUGGCAUCAAUUGCUUCUAAAUCUACAAACAAAGGAGUUUGGAGCUGGCUUAGUCCUGUGCCAUCUUCUACCCAGGAAAAGGAAGAUUGUAAACUAACUUUAACACACAAACAGCUUCAUCAAAUAUUCAUUGGUCCUUCUACUAUAGAUUUUGGUGAUGUUUGUGUGUAUUCUACAACAACCAGAGAACUGCACAUCAUCAAUAACUUGUCAGUUCAUAUUUGGGUACAAAUUGAGAUUGAAGUUGCGGAAUUGCAGGAGACAUCUCCAUUGUCUCAGGUGGUGCCUCCUCUGACAAAAACUCAUAUUCCAGUUGUGUUUGAGACAACCACUGUUGGAAUGUUUAAAACCUCUUUCAGUUACAAAAUAAACAACCGACACGUUGGACAUGUUCUGGUAAUGGCACAUGCAAUGCCUAUUGAGCUUGAGCUGUCUACAAGGGAACUGAUUUUGAGUCCUGUUCCUGGCUGCCUAGCAGGGACAGAGUUUAGAAAAACUGUCACAGUAUGCAAUCCCAGAAACCAUCCUACUAGCUUUACUUGGAGACCUGUAACUGGGGAUAGAAAAUCUGCGUUUUCUGUAAAGCCAACCAAAGGGUUUGUGGAGCCCUAUAGUGAUGUGGAGUGUGAAGUUGUUUGGCAUCCAGGGUUCAACACUCCAGAAACAGGACAAUUCCUCUUGCGUGUGCACAAAGGAAAUUCAGUUAACUUGAAAUGUUCUGCAAAGUUUGGUACUGCUAAAGUUCAGUUUACGGCUCAAAGUAUAUCCUUCACUCAUAGUCCAAUUGGUUUAACUACUUGUAAGACAGCCCGUAUUCUAAACACAGGAUACAACCAUGCAUACUUCCAAGUUGUUGACUCCAACCCACUGCCUGGAAUGAAAAUCACCCCCUCUGUAGGAGUGGUACCUGUGGGAGGCAUUGCUGAUCUCAAAAUCUCUUUCACUCCAAAGACGUACAUGAAUUUUGAUAAAAAAGUGGAGGUAGCAGUGAGGAAUGCAGCAGAACUCUUGCUUAGGAUUAGUGGAUUUUCAGAGAUCGCUGAAAUAGACAUUGAUGUGAAAACAUUUGAAUAUGCAAGUGUUAAUGUUGGCACUACAAAAUCAAUUCCAUUUUUGCUGCAGAACAAAGGAAAAUCAUGUAUCAGAGUGGAGUUUGAUUUUUCUGACUAUGAGGAAUUUAAAUUGAAAACUGAAGACAAUUCAGUGAUUGAACGUUCUCGUUCAAAGCCUUAUUUGUAUUCAUUUAACUUAGAGGAAACAUCAUCUGUGAAAUGCUGCUUGACCUUUACACCAGGAAAGGUGGCAGCUUAUGACUUUGUUCUCCCAAUUGCUACUCCUCAGGCCAGUUCCCCAUCUCCAGUUCCUCAGGCACACCCGGUGGUCCCGGCUCUUCCAUUAUGUAGAGUCAAAGCUACUGUGGUUGGAUCGGUAUUGAAGUUAUCCUCCCUGGAAUUUAAAUUUGAACAAUAUUUGAGUGACAUGUGUUCCAAUACUGCUGAUGAGAAUAUGAAUUCUCAGACCCUUGUCCUAAAGUCUCUCUCAAAUGUGAAUGUGAUAUGGAAAUUGGACUUUGGUGGAGACAAAAAUAUGGAAGAUAAUAUUUUCAGAUUUAGUCUGAAGUGUGGAUGUCUUCAAAAAGAGGAAGAAGUUAGUAUUACUGUAUUCAUAGGGUCAGCUUGUCCUGGGACAUAUACAUCUGAAAUAUCCUUGUAUGCAAAUAAUAAUCCAUUACCACACGUGCUAACAUUGUCUGGCACACUGAAGUCACCAAAAAUAAAUUUUCAUCCCCCCUUUUUAAUGCUGAUGCCAGUUCCUCUGGAUGUGGAAACUGAAGCAGUUGUCACCAUCAUUCCACAGGAUUUUAUAAGGCAGUCACGAAUUAGCGUUAAACUUCCUGAGCUUGAACUUCCAGAUGGUACCAGGACUUGCCCUUUUUCUGUGCACUUCCCAGAGGGACAAGAUAUUGUUCUUUCAUCAGAUGGCACAGCUAAUGAACUGACUUGUCGUAUCUGCUUCAGAUCAUCUAAGCCAAUGUCAUUUUUAAGGGAAAUGCUCUUCAUUGAUCAAGAAGAAAACAGGUUCUCAUUUCUGGUUGCUGGAACAACAGACAAUUGCCUUCUUACAUUAUACCCAUACUUGGCAUUGCACUGCUUUGAUCAAAAAAUUGUCUGGAGAAGCAACAAUAUAGACUUCAGCACUGGAGAAGUUGUUCUACAGCCAUGUUUUACACCACAAUCAUCUUCACGUAGUUAUUCCUCAAGUUCUUUAGGUGCAACUAGUGGUUCAACCUAUGAAGGUUCUCUAUCAGGUAUAAGUACCACUGAUGAAAGUGAGAGUGAUGAAUAUGAAAGUGAAGAGAAUGAAGAAACAAGUGAAGAGAGUGAAACGGACAGUGAAAGUGAUGGGAACGGAAAUAAACGUGAAGUAUCAUUUUUUCCUGAUGAAGAUAAGGAGGAGUACACCUUCUUUCAAAAGACUCUAGAUGCUGUGAAGAGUUGGUUCACACUCUUUGGCUGGCCUAGGGGACAAAAUCCCAUUUCAAUACCUCAUUCAUUGAGACGCAAUACAUGUAUAGUCCAGCAAACCGUUGCACAAGAAAGGAAUUUUAAACGGAAGGUUGACAAAGAUAAGUGUUUCUAUGAGAUGUUUCGGCAUCUGAAUGGGCAACCAAUCCCAGGCAUUUCAGCCAGCCAGUCAUUGUCCCCUCAUCCAGUAGAAAGAAUGCUCCAACUCCACUGGCAGCAUUCUGAAUUGCUGUCCUUCCUUAAAAGCCAAGGAGCAUGUCUUUCUCAUGUUAUGCCAGAAUUUCUGCUUACACCUGAAGAUUAUGAGAUAUGGACUGAAGUGAAUACUGGAUUAAGGUAUUUCACACCUGAAGUGAAGAGAGGAAGCAUGAGAAGCUCAGGCAAAUUAAGUAGCAGGCGUAUUUUUGUUCUGGAGAACAGAGCGUUUGAGACAAUGAGCAAACGAGCUUGGACAGAUGUGCUGCUGCAGAUGUACAAGGUGUUUGUUCUUCCACGCGUUUCUUCCCGUCUUUUUCCUGACCCACUGAGCUUGGAAAGCUUGCAGAACAUGCCAGGAAUAAAAUCAGAACCUUUAUGCAGUAAUAUAUAUUCUCGAUAUGAACGAGCCAUCCUCAUCUGGUUGAAUAAAAAUUUUGAGAAAAAUCGACAAAUUGUGUGGAAAGAUAGUCAAAGAGGUGGAAUACCACCCAUGAGAUGGAUAGUGAACUUUGACCAAGAUCUUCUAGAUGGUCUGGUACUGGCAGCACAGAUGGCAUCUUAUUGCCCAUAUUUGAUUCCAACUCACUUCAUAAAGAUGUAUACUGAUCCAAGAAGUCAUGAACAGUUUCUGCACAACUCCUUGAUACUUGUGAAGGCUCUGCAUGCUAUCAAUCUGGAUAUGGACAUAAAGGCCACUGAUAUCUGUGAUCCAAACCCUGUCAUGAUGCUUAUUUUGUGUGUCCAGUUGUAUGACACUCUUCCUCAGUACUUACCCAAGAACACAAUAGAAUUUACAGGUGGUCUCCAUGCAACUAUUGUAAAGCAGGUGCAGUUGAGAAACCAGAGCAGUAAUACCUUGGCAUACAAUGCUAUUCUUGUGGGAAGAGAUGCUGAUGAUUUCUCGUUGCCCAAAGGAAACACUGUUACCAUUCCCCCUACGUAAAUUUCCCACAUUAAACUAUGUACAUGCAGCAAAAACCCUAGAGGAAUAUGUAAGAUUCCUAUGGACAUAAAUCACACUUGGAUCCUGAAAAAAUUGUAAAAAUUAGCACUGGUUGCUCUGAAAAUAAAUCUGGAGCCCCUUCUGCAUCUGAAUGUUGCUGGAAAUUGUGUUAUGGGGGGUACAAUGAAGUGCAGAUCCCCAUGUUAUGAACUGAAGAAACUUAACCUAAAUAUUACUAAUCCCUUCAAAAUGGAUGGCAUAUUCAGGAUAAUUUUGCUGGAAUCCACACACUGUUUAGUGCACCCAGAGAAAAUGUAUCAAGCCAGGCAAGUAAAGCAAGACCAAAAGUUUAGUUCUGAAAAUAGCGUAUUACAUUCAAAAAAUGGUGCACUGCCUGAAGAUUCAAAGAAAGAGACUUGCUCUGAUCAGUCUGGGCUCCUGCAUGAGUUCUUCAGUCCAUUGGAAACACUGUUCUUGAAAGGGAAAGGUUCUGCAGCCAUAGAUAUUCACUUCCUUCCCUUUCAUCAGGAAAAGCGUUACUGCGCUGUCAUUCUGGUUAAUGAAAAGAUUGGAGACUUUGUAUACCUGAUUGAGGGAAUAGGUGAUUUACCUCUGCCUUCAGAGCUGCCUGCACUGGACAGUCCAAAUGUUUUGCGUGCUACCAAUAACUCAGAAGAUGCAAGCACAGUACAGCCAGUUUUAUAUUUGAAAUGUGGGCUUGGUCAGACUCUGAAGGAACAUCUGAGGAUCCCACUGAUCAAUGAGUCAAGAGAGAGGGCCCUGGCUCUUGCUGCUCAGCAGCAGAUGUCAGCUAUUGAGUAUGAAAGGAGACUGAUAACUGGGACCCUGCAGAGCAGCAGCGUUCGAGUUGCAACUGCCUUAUUGGGGCUGUCCAAAGUAGAGAGACGUGCACUUCUGAAUCCUCGGAAGCACCCCUCAGAGCUGAAGUACGUGGAUUACAGUGUAGAAGUGAGCAUGAAACAGUUCUUUCAAGUUCCUAAAAAGUUCUCUAUUCCAGUGUUAGCUUCAGCCAGAGUUAAUUUGAAUACGUCAUCAACCCAAUACCCUACAUUUCAGACAACAGGUGGAAAUGAUACAGUUGAGUUUCCUAUAAAAUUCACUCCUAAGCAUGCUGGUUGCUACCACUGUCAGAUUCUUUUGAAGUCAUCCAGUGAUAUUCGUGUCUAUGAGAUUGAAUGUGUGGUGAAUGCAGACCAGGCUGAUGCACAGGUUGAAUUUCUAACUCCAGCUUUCCAGGCAGUGACUCAGGAAAUUCCAAUUAAUAACAUAUCCAAUGAGGACUGGAAGUUUGAAGCAAUUUUGGAAGGAAAGUGUUUUCAUGGCCCUCCUGUAAUAAAUGUGCCUGUAGGUGAAACAGUUCCAUAUCCUCUCACGUUCAAGCCAGUCACCGAGUGUGUAAUAAAGGGAAGGCUUAUUUUGAGAAAUAUUACAGCUGGAACUCAGAAUAUCUUUAGUCUUAAGGGAAUAGGGAAGAAACCUCUGCCUCAGGAUUGCAUUUUCAUAGAGUGCCAAGUGGGAAAGGUCUCUCAUAAAAUCUUAUGGGUGCACAAUUAUACCAAGAAGAUGAUAAAAUACAAGGUGUAUUCCAAUCUCUCAAUGCUGAGUGGUGCCCCUGAUCUGACUGUCAACCCAGAGGACACUGCAGCUUACACUUUGAGUAUAUUUCCCUGCAGACGAGGAGUCUUUCAAGGUAUAAUUUCAUUUGUUGCUCAAGAUGAAGACCAACAGCAGCCUCAAGGCAGCAGCUCACCAGAGAAGACAGGCGGCAAACAGGCCCUUCAGAAACUGCCAGCAGGGACUCCACAAGAUCUUGAUGCAGGUAACAUUGGAGGAAAUUCUACAAAUUGCAAAGUGUGGUUCUCCUUGAAGAUUUACAGCUCACCUGCAGCAGCAGAAAAGACAAUAGAGGUGGAUUGCAAAGCUCUGGAUACUGUUGGAAUUAAUAUUCCCAUCACUAAUCCUACCAAUAAAGUUCUCAAGAUGAGUGUGCUACUGGACCAUCCAUCCCUUUUUGGAGAAAAAUCUUUCAUUCUCAGGCCCAAACAAACAUUUUCAUAUCACGUACAGUUUUCUGCAGCUCAUCUUGGCUCUUUCACUGGAAGUGUCAUGUUCCGGUCAGAUGUGAUUGGAGAAUUUUGGUAUGCCCUGAAGUUCAAUGUAGAGAAGCCAUUCCCAGUCGUGCUACCUGAUAUAGUGUGUGAGCUUGGAAAAUGGGCUCAAAUGCACAUACCUCUUGCUAAUCCUACUCAUGAAGCUUUGGUGCUAAGAAUGCUUAACAGUGAUCCCAGCCAUUUUGUAGUUGAGACUGAUCCAGAACAACUUCUGACUCUUCCUCCUCAUUCCACCACCCAUCUGCCUGUGAGAUUCUUUCCCUCUGCCCUUGGAAGACGCAAGCACAAGGCAACAAUAACCUUCAAAUGCCCAAAGUUUGGAGAGAGGAUAUUUCACCUGGUGGGAUCUGGAGUUCCUCCUGAGCUCAUGGAAACAACCACCAUCAGUGCCUGCAUUGGAGAGUACUCCUCUACCAUCAUCCCCUUUGAGAACCCAACCACUGAGAAUGUGCUGGUGGAUAUCGUGCUGGCAGAUCCAGGGCUGUUGAAUCAGCAUCUGAAUGCAUCUGUCCUGUCAAAGGCCACCUGUUCAGAAUCUGUUUUUCAUCUGAUGGUUAAACACCCACGAGGAAUCCGUCUAGCUCCAAAAGAAAAACUGGAAAUCCCCAUAUUAUUCAUGCCAGCUGAAAUGAAAAUUUACAAAGCAGUGGUGGUAAUAAAUGUAACAAGGGAAAACGGUGAAAACUGGCCUUAUGUGGUUACUGCUGAAUCCAAUACAGACUUAACCAGAACUGUUACUGUAGCAGAGAAUGGGAAAAUUCAGGGAAUACUCUGGAUCUAUCCGAUUAAUGGAACAUCUGAAGCACCACAGCAGAAAUCAGUUGUGAUUUGCUGCCAGGCCAGGCAGAGACUGGAGCAGAGAGUAGAGCUGCUGCUGAUUGGUGUAGUGCCUGCUGCCACUGCUCUGCCUGCUGCAGGGAAUUCUGCCGUGGUUGAUGUGGAUGAGUCAUCCAACCCCCCAGAAGGCACUGAUGGUUCCCCUGCAACACUGGAGUUUCUGUAUGAAUUGCAAUAUCAAUCAGAUGAAAUUAGAUCUCAGCUUGACUCUUUGGUUGGUAUACACCUGGUUGAGAAAGAAUGGGAUAGAGAAUCCAGAAUUGUGACUCUGAUCUUUAAUGUAGUGUUUGUGCCUAGCAAACCAAUGAGGAAUGAGGCAACUGUCACAAUUCAGUGUACUACAGGAGGCCUUUGGAAGUUUCCUUUGGUUUUCAUUGCCACAGAGCCAGAAGUGGAUGAUGUGAUCAACAUUGAAGCAGUUGGCCUGAAUAAGGAAUCCAUAGUUGGCUUUAAGCUCACAAGCCAGACAAGGUACCCAGAGCCUUUCACUGCACACUUCCUGGCGGGCAGCGAUCCCGAUUUCCUUGUGAUGCCAAAAGCUGGAAUGCUUCUCCCAGAAGGCACUGUGGGAACCCAUAUAACAGUGGGAUACAAGCCAAGGAUGUAUGGCAAGAAGCACACAGCAACACUGGUCAUUGAGACACAAUCAAUGCAGUGGACAUAUGUAAUCAAUGGACUUCCUCCACAGACUGUACUACCUGCAGUGGCAGCAAAAGUAGUUUGCACCAGCAGCUACAUAGGAUCAUUCACAGUCCGACAGCGCAACUUUAUACGUGAAAAUCUGAAACUUAUAACCACUGGAGCAUCCUCACCAAUCAAAGGAGCACCUUUGGUCCUUAGGAAAAAACAGAGAAAGUUAUAGUCUGUUAAUUUUUUGAUGAGAGAACAAAUAAAUUCUGCAGAU